AUGGCUUCCGACCCGGAAAGAGAGAAAGCACUUAGUGACUUCAAAAUAAAGCUAUUGGAACAUAGGGAGUGGGAUGCGAAACUUAAGAACCUACGAAUAGAGCUCAAGGAUUUAGGAAAGGAAUUCGAUCAUACAGAAGAUAACAUCAAGGCUUUACAAAGUGUGGGACAGAUAAUCGGAGAGGUUCUAAAACAACUUGACGAUGAGAGAUUUAUCGUAAAGGCCUCUUCCGGUCCUCGCUAUGUUGUUGGUUGCCGCUCAAAAGUAGACAAGACAAAACUUAAGCAAGGAGUCCGGGUAGCUCUUGAUAUGACCACUUUGACCAUUAUGCGAAUGCUACCUCGGGAGGUUGAUCCCCUGGUUUAUAACAUGUCUCUCGAGGACCCAGGGCAGGUGUCGUUUGGUGGUAUCGGAGGUCUUAACGAACAAAUCCGAGAGUUGAGAGAGGUCAUUGAGCUACCCUUAAAAAAUCCUGAAUUAUUUUUAAGAGUUGGCAUCAAACCUCCAAAGGGUGUUUUGCUAUAUGGCCCCCCAGGUACAGGGAAGACACUAUUGGCAAGAGCUGUGGCAAGUAGCUUAGAGACCAAUUUCUUGAAAGUCGUCUCAUCCGCAAUCGUAGACAAGUACAUCGGGGAGUCUGCUCGACUUAUCCGUGAGAUGUUUGGGUAUGCCAAGGAGCAUGAACCAUGUAUCAUUUUCAUGGACGAAAUCGAUGCUAUCGGCGGCCGUAGGUUCAGUGAGGGUACAUCAGCGGAUCGUGAAAUUCAAAGGACACUCAUGGAGCUACUCAAUCAACUCGACGGCUUCGACUACCUAGGGAAAACAAAAAUUAUCAUGGCAACCAACAGACCUGAUACACUCGAUCCGGCGCUGCUUAGAGCUGGUCGAUUGGACCGUAAAAUCGAAAUUCCACUUCCGAAUGAGGUUGGGAGGAUGGAGAUUCUAAAGAUUCAUGCGGCGGGUGUGCAAAAGGAUGGAGAAAUUGAUUACGAGAGUAUCGUCAAGAUGAGCGACCAGCUCAACGGGGCUGAUUUGAGAAAUGUCAUUACCGAAGCCGGUUUCUUUGCUAUUCGUGACGAUCGUGAUGCCAUUAACCAGGAUGAUAUGUCGAAAGCUGUUCGAAAAGUAGCAGAAGCGAAGAAGUUAGAGGGUAAACUAGAGUAUCAGAAGCUAUAG